GUGUGACUCCAGUGGAGUUACAACCGAUCCUGUGAGACUGAAAGAGUAGUUUCUUCGGGGCCGGCAGUUGAUAAAGACCUGGAGAACGUGACUUACGUGCGUAAUCGGGGCUGAUGUCACUGUGAAAUUAUUUCGUUAUUAAAAUCAAUUUUCAACAAUUGAGGAUAUUUUUAUUCGUGCUAAUUGGGACUGGAGACAGAGUCGUGUUGAACGUCCGGUUUUUCAUUUCAUUCAAGUUUUGGUGAAUUGGAGAGGCAGCACGCUCAGCUAGAAGUCAAUAAACGUUGGGUGAAUGCCCGAGGAGCGUUUCCGUCACCCAGAAAGAAAAGUAUUUUGAGGAACACUUCACAGUCAUCAUGAAGUUGGUAAUUUUCCUGGCAUUGUGCAUUGGAUGUACGUGGGCUCGAAAUACGGAUUAUUGUUUCGCCGAAAAUGGAAACCCUUACCUGCAGUUUGCAUCGGUGACGCCGUACAUAGUAUCCACUAGAGGGAGGAAUGAAUAUCAGCAGAUACCGAAUUGCCAGCCCCGUCAAAUCUGGAUGCUCUCAAGACAUGGAAUUCGAUACCCGAAUGCUGAUGAUAUCGUAAAGUUGAUGGAACUGAGAAAUGUGCGCGAUCAAAUUCUAAUCAACCAUGAACAAAGAUCAGAUGGACGUUUAUGCAACGAGGAUUUGGAUAAUCUCAGGAAUUGGUCACCCAACGCCAACAUGACAACGCAAAUGGCGAAGGAAUUGACGCCACAGGGAAUGACAGAGAGCAAACUCUUAGCAGGACAAAUUCGAGUAGCAUUUCCUCAACUUUUUCCUAGGACUCAAGGGGAUAUAUCCCAAGAUUAUGUGUUCAGAGCAACGAAAUCAAUGCGAUCUCAAGCCAGCAUGCGAGCCUUCAUGGAGGGUUUACUCAGUAGAUCUGUACCGACUCCACCUCCAUUCUAUGGAAAUGACACUUUACUGAAAGCAUACCAAUAUUGCCCCCGUUGGAAGGACGGAGAUGAAAACGAUCCUCAUUACGGUAAAGAGUUGGCUGACUUCUUGAGAGGUCACGAAUUCUCCGAUCUCAUUCGCAAUGUCAGCAGUAGACUUGGAUUCCAAUAUCAGUUAUCAGCAGAUAAAAUUCGAAGCAUGUACGACAUGUGUCGCUAUGAAAAAGCGUGGGCAGUGGAAAAAUUAUCCCCAUGGUGUGCAAUAUUUAGUAAUGAGGAACUGAAAGUGAUGGAAUACACCGAAGAUCUUGAGUAUUACUAUACCGCAGGUUAUGGACGAGAAGUAAACAAAAUAAUCGGAUGUUUCCCACUGCAAGACAUGAUGAAUCGUUUUCGAUCACUUGAGCAGAACGAUGCCAAUGACAAGCCUAAAGGGAUAUUCUACUUCACUCACACAGUCACUAUCUUGAGUUUCCUGCGAAAUCUAGGGGCUUUCCAAGAUAGUGAGCCUUUGACGGCUAAUAAUUACAGAAACAUGAUGAGGCGUCGGUGGAGCACAUCGGCCCUCGCACCGUUUAGUUCCAAUGUCGUUGCAGUUUUCUACAGAUGCAACGACAAUGAUGCCCGCGACAAAGUCAUGUUCUAUCUGCAAGGAAAGCCACUGCCACUUGAAGGUUGCCAGGUUGGCCUCUGCAAUUGGGAGUACUUGAAGACGAAACUUGGGGAAACUGCUAGUCAGUGCAGCGAAGAUAAUUGUUAUGGGAGGGGUGGAUCUAUGAUCAAUCAAGCUCUAAUCACUCUGAUUUCAGUCUUCUCCUUGAGUUGUAUUCUGCUGAAAUAGUCAUACCGCAUUUCGCCGAAAUUAAUUAUCAAUGCGGGCUUCAGUGAUAGAACAUUGUUCUACGCACAAAACGGAAUUACAAUUAGUAUUUUUUUCCAUUUGCGAUUUUUACAGUCACGCAUUCUUUUCUUCACCCAAAAUUUUAGUGUGGUGUUUCUCUUCAAGUAAAUUUUGAGCGCUGAAAUAUGCAUUAAAAAUAUGUAUUUAUACUCCAAGGGAGGUUGUAUGACACAGUGUGAUUUAACAUAUAUGUUAUUAAAAAGAAAGUUAUUCAAUUUAAAAAAGAUAUUAUCUUUGUAUACAUAUUGUAAAGUAUGGCCCAUUUAAUAAUAAAGGACUUUAAUAAAAGAA